AUGGCUCGAGAGGUCGCAUUGGGCCACUCGGGCUACACGGUGGCAGAACAUGUCCUCGUGCGGGCCGAAGUCGCCUACCCAUUUCUUCUCCUACUGUCUUACGGGAUAACCUUCGCCCUGCAUAGUGUCAUCGCGUCGCGGAGACAGGAGGAUGUCGAGAAGCCUUCGGUGACCGGGCCUGGGGGCAAGCCGCUGCCAUUGACGCGCAUAAAGGUGGAAAAGUCUGCGCCACGGAAUGCGGUAGUCCAGGAGUUCUCGAAAAUCUCGCACCUCUGUUUCAAGACCGGCACUGCGGCCGUCGCCCUCACAUUCCUCGCCCACGCCGUCCACGUCGUUCUGCAGUGUAUUGCGGCCCAGUGGGAGGACGUACAGCAAUAUUGCAAUGACGAGCUACUCGUGUACAUCAAAGGCGGUGCCUUCUUUUGGGGUUACAUUGGGUUUUCACUGGUCAGCAAGAAGAAGGACACACCUAACCCCAUCCACUUCUCGGUAUGGUGCAUCGGCCUGUCUUUCGACCUCGUCAUACUCGCCGCACUUCUGGUCGUGUUCCGCAACAAACUCGACAAUCUGCGAUACGCCGAGUACCCCGCCGAGCUAGCCUUACGCGCGUACCAACUGCCAGCCGAUUCGGGAUUCCUCAUCAUCCUGGUCAUCCGUAUCUGUCUCCUCUUGGGCCAGGUCAUCUUAUACAGUUCCCUCCGUGGCCACCUACCAAGUCUAUGGAAUUUCUGUACCCCCCAGGCAAAGGAAGAGGCUCACACGCACCCGCACAUCAACGGUCAUGCCACGGCGCUGGAGAAUGGCAACGGCCACGCGAACGGCCACGCAAACGGCCACACCCGAGCCAUCGGCGAGACGACUCCGCUUCUUAAUGGCCACGCUACAGCGCUGGAAGCUGACAACGUCCUUACCAACGGACACGCCAACGGGAAUGGGACGAUGUACCGAUCGACUAGGCGAAGACCAAGCGAGGCCCGGCGUCCUAAUGGCAUUGCUAAGGGGUGCCGCCAAAAGCAGACCGAAUUCGCCUUCUACCGACCCGACAAAUUGCCCCACCGAUCCUGGUGGGAAUACAUUCGAGGCUACCAUGUGUUCUUCCCAUAUUUGUGGCCCGCCAAGAAGGUGAAGCUACAGUUCCUGGUACUGCUUUGCUUCAUACUCGUCAUCAUGCAGAGGGCCAUCAACGUUUUAGUCCCUAUCCAGCUUGGCGUCCUUGUCGAGGCACUGACCGAGGCAGCCGAGCAAGGUACCAUCGAAAUGCCUUGGAAGGAGCUCUUCAUUUUCCUUGGCCUGAAGUUCAUGCAGGGCCCGUCAGCUGUCUUGGGGUCUCUGCGGUCGAUUUUGUGGAUCCCGGUUACACAGCACUCUUACAUUUCUCUGCAGACUGCAGCGUUCGAGCACGUGCACGCCCUGUCUCUGGACUUCCAUCUUGGGAAGCGUACUGGUGAACUCUUGUCAGCACUCAACAAGGGUGGCUCGGUUAACCAAUUCCUUGAGCAAACGACUUUCCAGGUUGCUCCCAUGCUCAUGGAUCUCUUCAUCGCCAUCGGGUUCUUUUGGAUCAAAUUUGGCCCCCUAUAUGCACUCUGGGCGACGAUUAUCACCUUCUCCUACCUGGUCCUUACCAUAAGGAUGGCAUCGACCAGGGCUGAUCAAAGACGAGACAUGGUCAACGCAGACAGGGAGGAAGAGGCUGUCAAGAACGAUUCCAUCACCGCAUACGAGACCGUCAAGUAUUUCAAUGCCGAAGCUUUCGAGUUCCAGCGUUACAAAGGUGCUAUCACAACCUUUCAGAAUGCGGAGGCCAGGGUCACGUUCGGUAUGAACUUGAUGAACAUGUGCCAGACGGUGGUCUUCAUCAGCGGUAUGCUCAUCGUCAUGGCGAUUGCUGCGUACGAGGUCGUGCUUGGCCGUCGCAACAUCGCGCAGUUCGUCCUGAUCAUGACGUACCUGAAUCAGCUCCAAGGCCCACUCAACUUCUUUGGGUCCUUCUACCGCACGGUUCAGCAGGCAAUGAUCUCCGGAGAGCGGCUCUUGGAGCUAUUCAAGAUCCAGCCAAACAUGGUCGACAAGCCUGGCGCACCGCCACUGAAGGACUGCCAGGGCCACAUCCGAUGGAAUCACGUCGAUUUUGAUUACGCCAACAGCCCAGCCUUGUCUGACUUGACAUUCGAGUGUCGACCCGGUACUACGACAGCGUUCGUUGGUGAAUCUGGUGGUGGGAAAUCAACCAUCUUCCGUCUGAUGUUCCGCUACUACAACUGCAAGUCAGGCAGCAUCGAGAUUGACGGCCACAAUGUCAGGGAUGUGACGAUAGACUCUGUCCGCCGAUCCAUAGGAGUGGUGCCGCAGGACACGAUUCUGUUCAACGACACUGUCAUGUACAACCUGAAGUACGCGAACCAGGACUGCACUGAUGAAGAAGUCUACGAGGCGUGCCGCGCUGCCAGCAUACACGACCGCAUCAUGUCGUUCUCGGACGGCUAUCAAACCAAGGUUGGAGACCGAGGGAUGCGGCUCAGCGGCGGUGAGAAGCAACGUGUUGCUAUAGCACGCACUAUCCUCAAGAAGCCCCGGAUCAUUAUGCUCGAUGAAGCUACAUCGGCCCUGGACUCGGAAACCGAGCAGCAGAUUCAGCACAAACUUUUCAAGAACAAGGAGCUUGGUGAGGGCAAGACCUUGCUCAUCAUCGCACACCGCCUGUCCACUAUCACCCACGCAGAGCAGAUCCUCGUGCUUCACAGGGGCAGGAUUGUGGAACGAGGCACACAUGCCGAGUUGCUCGAGAGGGAUGGUCGCUACUCUGCCAUGUGGAAUAAGCAAGCCAAAGCCGAGAUAGCCGCCAAAGCCGCUAAUCUCGCCAAGGAACAGGCUAAGAAGGCUAUGAGAGAAGCUCGCCUCGCAGGGAAGGACAGUAGCGACGAACACUCUGAUGACGGUGGCGACAGCAUGGUCUCGUCCAUGCACAUCCCGACUGCGCCCACGACUCCAGCUGUUGAGUUGGCCGGGCUGAACAUGACCGCUCACCACACCUGA